GCCGGAAGUUGACCGGUGAGGCCAUGACUUGACAAGACAGAAAAUCCCGAAGUUGCGGUCUGUUCCUGGAGUUGAGUCGCUGAAAACGCCGUAAAGUCACCCGGUUGCUUUGGCUGUUUUCUAAACGCGACAACGAGCGGAGCUUUGGCGGAUUCGGUGGCCGAAAGGAGGGGGUCGGUGAAGUCUUUUUGAAGUCUAAAUUGCCCAAGGAGGCCCGGGAAAUGUUGGGUGAAGCUAACGCUGAAUAGCCAUCAUGUCGUGGGAAGAAGCGUCUCGUUCUCCGGCCUCGCCUGUGCUUCGUUCGCCCGCUCUCUGAUCCCACCCGGAAGCGCUGGACUGACUUCGGGCUCGGCUGUCAAUGACGGUGAAGUGCGGCUCUAUAAAUUAGUCGACGGUGACAGAUUGACGGAAGCUUGCUAGCCAUGGCGGACAGCGUCGGGGAAGAGUCCAGCGUCGGUUCGCUCGGCUUAGGCGUUACCGGACAGGGCGGCGGAGCCUCGCCGUUGCCGACUUUGGCCACCUCGCUGCCGGGGGGACUUCUCGCAGCGAGCGUGGGUCACCCCAGCACCUCCUCGGCCUCCUUCCCCCCCGCCGCGGUCGCGCAGAGUGGCCUAACGGCCGUGGUGGCCCCCAUGUCCGCAGUGGCUCCCACCGCCGCCAAUUUCGGGGACACCUUUACCCCCGGCUCCUCGCCACCUGUCGUGGCCGUGUCUCCCAUCGCGCACGCAUCCUCCCCCGUGCCGGGUGUGGGGCUGGGGGUAGCGGGAGGGGGCCUCCUGUCCCAAAUCCACGCCACUUCCUGGGACCCGACUCUGAGCACAGACUGGGACAACGAGAAGGCUUCGCAGCAGUGCAUCCUGAGGAUAAAGAGGGAUAUCAUGUCCAUUUACAAGGAACCUCCUCCUGGCAUGUUUGUGGUUCCUGAUCCUCAAGAUAUGACCAAGAUCCACGCACUGAUCACAGGACCGUUCGAUACACCUUACGAGGGCGGCUUCUUCCUUUUCCUGUUCCGCUGCCCCCCGGACUACCCCAUCCACCCUCCACGGGUGAAGCUCAUCACCACUGGACACAACACUGUUCGCUUUAACCCCAACUUCUACCGCAACGGCAAGGUGUGCCUCAGCAUCCUGGGGACUUGGACCGGUCCAGCUUGGAGUCCGGCUCAGAGCAUCUCAUCUGUCCUCAUAUCCAUUCAGUCUCUGAUGACGGAGAACCCCUACCACAAUGAACCAGGAUUUGAGCAGGAGCGACACCCAGGCGACAGUAAGAACUACAACGAGUGCAUCCGACAUGAAACCAUGAGGGUGGCCGUGUGCGACAUGCUGGAGGGCAAAGUUCCCUGUCCUGACGCUCUUUGGAGCGUGAUGGAGAAAUCCUUCCUGGAGUAUUACGACUUCUACGAGGGCGUCUGCAAAGACAGGCUGCACCUGCAGGGCCAGAACAUGCAGGACCCGUUCGGAGAGAAGCGUGGCCGUUUUGACUACCAGGGGCUGCAGGCUCGGCUCAGCGCCACCCGCAGGCGGAUACGGGAGAAGAACUUGGCAGAAGAUGAGCACAACGACGACGAGUCGGACUCGGACACCAGCUCGUCUGGGACAGACCCCGACAGUCAGGGCAGCUCCCAGCCCUGACCCGGAGGGGCCGGACCCCACCCAGCCGGAGCUUUUCUUCUGUUCUCUUUCUUUUGGGUUGUUUGGAGGAGGUUACCAUGCCAACAGCUCUGAGUCCAGAGGAUUGAUGUUUGGAUAUGCAGAGGCGGGGGCGGGGCCUCUGAAAAAUACAUGUGUAGAUAUGCAUCCUGAUGAAACGUUGAGCAGAUGCUGAAGCCCAGAUGUUUUUCAGGGGGUGAAACCUUUGAGGGGGAGGGAUCAGCUGGGGGGCGGGGCCCUCAGCUCUCUGAGGAACUUCUUCCACUUUAACCCAGACGUGUUGGAGCAGCAGAGGAGGUUCCUCUAAGCCACGCAGACUUUUCUGAUGCUGAGCUGCGUCUCUCUCCACCUCUUUAGACCCGGAGCUCGGCUGCUUCAGAACCGGACCUGUGCAGCUCUGGACCCUGCUGGCAGUGACUCCUGCGUUUGUUUCAGAUGUAGUCGUUCUUAAUGUUUGGAUGCAGCAACAGAGACUGCAUCGUGACCUUCUGCCCUUUGAUCAAACUGACCCGUGUUUGGUGCCGUACAUGUUCUUGUGAGGGAUCUAGAUAACAAACCGUUCAAGUGUGCAAACUAACCCCAUCACCUCCAGUUUUAUUGUUCCGUUUAAGUUCUGCAGGGUUCUGACCCACAGAACUUCAGUCUUCAGUCAGACUGUCGUAGCAUUGAAUGAUGGGAAAAGCGGCAGGGCUUCCCUCAGACUAAAGCCUUCCAUCUGAACGAGCCUCCAUGCAUGUCGCUGAAACGUGGAUCCUGUAAACCCUGCAGACCGUCGGAUCACACAAGAAAAAAAGCCAAACGUGUUGCUGUUGAGGAGGGAAGUGAUGCAGCCGAACUUCAUCCACACCCAAACCGCUUCCUCACCAACCAGCUCUGUAUUCCAUACAUGGAGGUGAAGGUGGAGAAACGCCAACAUUUACAAACUGACCUGAGGAAACUGCCCUUUAUGAAGCUUCUUAGUGCAUCAGAAUGAUGCAGCAAACGUCUCUCCGCACGGAGCAUCCCUUCAUUUCCUUUAUUUUCUUAUAGAAUCGGUGUGAAAAGAAAAAAAGUCGGAUUUCCAAAUGUUGAUGCAACACUUCCUGACAUGGAAGAAGAGUGAGAUGUUAAUUCAGUCCUUCAACCUGAACACAGAUGAUGUAGAGAACUCAAAACAAUAAAGUUGUUCAGUCCA